AGUAGUCCGAGCCAAGACUGCUCGCUACUGUCAACAGCGAGGGAUAUAGACGCCGGUGGGUGCAGUUUUCUACCCCCAGGGGCUUGACAUGACAGUGUUCUCUGGCUGAGACAUGACGCCCCAAUCGUGAGGACCAAGCUGAUGGCAGGUAGUCUCCCCUUGAAUUUGGUGUUAGUUUCAACUUGUCUCCACUAGAGGGCUACAAGAAUGCCGAUCACCUUGCCACUCACCAAAGUGGCAGUCGAUCCAGAUGCCCAGAAGCUCCUGACAGCGCUGCCAAGCCUGGAGACACGACUUCCCAGCAAGGGUCCUGAGAUCGCCUUCCUCCGCCGCUUCCUGCGCUCCAGGGACCUGCGUCUUCUACUGCACGUUUACCGAUUACUUUCCACCAAUCAACAAGUCCGUCCUGUGGCUGAGUUUGCCGUCUCCCAAGCUGCUGAUGUGUUCUGCUCCAUACGCUGCCAAGAAGAGGACCUGAGAGUACAAGAACUCCUCGACAUCUUGUCUAAACCUCAUUUACAGGCGCUGUUGUACACCCAUGACAAGAUCUCGAGGUCGGACUACUCGCCUCAGGUUGGACCCCUCGCAGAGGAGGUAGACGAAGAUGAGGCUGCUGUCAAGGUCGUCCGACUCAUCAAGAGCAAUGAGCCACUGGGUGUGACGAUACAGCUGAAUGAGGAUUCCGGCAACAUCGAGGUGGCGCGGGUGUUACAUGGAGGAGCAGCAGACAGAAGCGGUUUGAUCCACGUCGGGGACGAGGUCCAUGAGGUGAAUGGUGUGUGUGUCCGGGGCUGCGAUCCCAAUGAGGUCGUUGACAUUCUGUCGAGGAUAACCGGCCCCGUGACGCUGAAGCUGGUGCCAAGCAACUCCAAGAACGGCCCAGACCAACGCCAGUGUCAGAUGAGAGUGAAGGCACUGUUUGACUACACCCCCGAGACGGACACCACCAAUCCCUGCCCCGAAGCUGGGCUCGAGUUUCGGAGAGGAGAUGUCCUUCACAUUGUCAAUCAAGAUGACCCCACCUGGUGGCAAGCCAGGAAAGAAGGGGAGACAAUCACUAGUGCUGGCCUUAUUCCUAGUAAACAGCUCCAAGAGAGGAAUGAGAUGCAGCGAAGAGCGGAUGCCAAGGGUUCCCCGGGACAAGUGCGCAAUGGGACAAGACAACUGAGCCCAUGUCGGUACAGUCCAAGAAUUCCGCGCCAAAAGAAAUUACGUAAAACAAUGUACCACGCUGUACAGAAUGGAGAGUAUGACACGGAAGAAAUCCCCACGUACGAGGAGGUGGAACAGUAUCAGCCAAAGCCCAACAAACGCAGACCGAUAGUGCUCAUAGGUCCUGCUGGGGUAGGCUGCAAUGAGCUGAAACGUCGACUGAAGGCCAGCAACCCUGUCCACUUCCUGGAGGCCGUGCCAUACACCUCAAGGCCGAAGAAGCCGUUUGAGCAAGAUGGCAAGGAGUACCAUUUUGUGACUCGGGAAGAGAUGGAGUCGGGCAUCAUGGAGCAAAGGUCAGUUGCUGAUGAGGCAGGUCACAGCUCAAAGGUCAUGUUUGCGGAGUUUGGGGAAUACAAGGGCAACUUGUAUGGGACGAGUGUGGAGUCCAUCAAGACAAUCAUCGCCUUGGGCAAGGUGUGCCUAGUCACCCCCCAUACUCAGGCACUGAAAUUCCUGCGUCAAGCCGACAUCAAGCCUUACAUCAUCUUCAUCAAGCCUCCUUCCCUGGAGAUGCUGCAGGCGACACGCGGAGCCAUGAAGGCUCGUGUCACUAAAGAUGGAGAUGUAACGCAACCCUUCACAGUGAGAUUAAGUCAAGAUGAACUGCAAGCAAUGGUGGAAUCUUCUGACAAGAUAGAAGAGCGAUUUGGACAUUUAUUUGACUAUGUGAUAGUAAAUGAUAACAUAAGCAAUGCAUCUGCUGAUUUAAUACGAACAGCGGCAAGGAUCGAGUCUGAACCACACUGGGUACCCAUUGGCUGGUCAGCUCAGUGACAGCGUUCUCCAUGAGAGGAGCUCUGCUUUUGACUCAAGACGUCUGGCAAGUUGUUACCGAGUCAAGAACUGUGUCAAUGAUCAGCAGCAGCCGUGCUCUGUGUCAAUGCUCUUCAGAAGGUGAGGAUCCCUCUUGACUUGAGAACUGACAGACCUCUAGAUCUAAGAACUGUGUCAAUGCUCUUCAGAAGGUGAGGAUCCCUCUUGACUUGAGAACUGACAGACCUCUAGAUCUAAGAACUGUGUCAAUGCUCUUCAGAAGGUUAGGAUCCCUCUUGACUUGAGAACUCACAGACCUCUAGAUCUAAGAACUGUGUCAAUGCUCUUAAGAGAGAAGUGAUUGUCUUGAAUCAAGAACUGUGUUAUUAAGAGAAAAGUGUUUGUCCCUUAUCAAGAACUAUGACAGUACUCCUCAAGAGAGAAGUGUUUGUUUUGAAUCAAAAACUGUGUCACUGGUCUUCAAGAGAGGAGGGUUGGUCUUUAGUUAAGAACUUAUUCCAAGAAACUUGAGGAAGAAAAAGAUGUGUUUCUCUUCUCUUCUCAAGAAGUGAGUGUUUCAACAUAGAAGACAGACACAACAGGUGGGACAGUGCCAGAGAUUGGCAUGUUCCAGACUUUAGCAGUGUCAGAGAUUGGGAUGUUCCAGGCUUUAGCAGUGUUAGAGAUUGGGAUGUUCCAGGCUUUAGCAGUGUUAGAGAUUGGGAUGUUCCAGACUUUAGCAGUGUUAGAGAUUGGGAUGUUCCAGGCUUUAGCAGUGUCAGAGAUUGGGAUGUUCCAGACUUUAGCAGUGUUAGAGAUUGGGAUGUUCCAGGCUUUAGCAGUGUUAGAGAUUGGGAUGUUCCAGACUUUAGCAGUGUUAGAGAUUGGGAUGUUCCAGGCUUUAGCAGUGUUAGAGAUUGGGAUGUUCCAGACUUUAGCAGUGUUAGAGAUUGGGAUGUUCCAGACUUUAAGCAGUGUUAGAGAUUGGGAUGUUCCAGGCUUUAGCAGUGUUAGAGAUUGGGAUGUUACAGACUUUAGCAGUGUCUGAGAUGGAGGCGUUCCUGACUUUAGCAGUGUCUGAGAUGGAGACGUUCCAGACUUCGCAACACAUAUAGGGCAUUGACAUGGUGCUACACGGAUGGAAGGCCUUGUUCAGCAGUCAGAUGAGGAUGCUGUACAGAGCCAGGCAAUGCCUUCCCCUCAGAUGCUGACCUCCUGAAUAGUGAAGACCAGUGUCCCCCCUCCUCAUCAACCUCAUGCAACAUGAGCUUCACAGUACUCACUCUUCCAUUUGGUCAAGGCAGAAUAAAGUUCAAGAACUCACACAUUUUUUUGAAAUCAUACUUGAACGUUUCUUCAAUGGUUAUCAUACAGGGAUGCGUUCAGAUGCAAUGGAACUGGCUCAAGAACUAUCACAUUGAUCAUACAUUGACUGUUUCGGUGUUGACAGACGCAAUGGAACUGGCUCAAGAACUAUCACAUUGAUCAUACAUUGACUGUUUCGGUGUUGACAGAUACAAUGGAACUGGCUCAAGAACUAUCACAGUGAUCAUACAUUGACUGUUUCGGUGUGGACAGAUGCAAUGGAACUGGCUCAAGAACUAUCACAGUGAUGAUACUUUGACUCUUUCAGUGUGGACAGAUGCAAUGGAACUGGCUCAAGAACUAUCACAGUGAUGAUACUUUGACUGUUUCGGUGUGGACAGAUGCAAUGGAACUGGCUCAAGAACUAUCACAGUGAUGAUACUUUGACUGUUUCGAUGUUGACAGAUGCAAUGGAACUGGCUCAAGAACUAUCACAGUGAUGAUACUUUGACUGUUUCGGUGUGGACAGAUGCAAUGGAACUGGCUCAAGAACUAUCACAGUGAUCAUACAUUGACUGUUUCGGUGUGGACAGAUGCAAUGGAACAGGCUCAAGAAGUAUCACAGUGAUCAUACAUUGACUGUUUCGGUGUUGACAGAUGCAAUGGAACAGGCUCAAGAAGUAUCACAGUGAUCAUACAUUGACUGUUUUGGUGUGGACAGAUGCAAUGGAACUGGCUCAAGAACUACUGCUGGAUUAUUGUACGGGGAUCCUCGGGUGUUUUUGUAAACAUUUGCGUUGCAAUAAUUCCAUUUUGCUCCUGUACAUUAUUUUCACAAGAGACGAAAACAUUUCAUUUUUGUCAUUGAAGGAUAUCACAGGUGUGGACUUUGGUGCGUUUGGUGAAUACAUUAUCAAGUUGA